AUGAAAUCCGUCUUCCCGGUUCUUGGUGGUCGAUUGAUAAUACUCAUGUAUACCUCGGAUGAUGCGGCUGUGUUCCUGGUCCGCGAAAACCUUCAGAUUAUGUAUGGCCUCGUCAUGUUCCAUCUGUCUCCGCUUGUUGCCUUCUUCAAGGGCGAAGAAUUUGGCCUCAAGGAUUGUACGUUCAUCUUUGGCCUGGUUGUACUCGAUUUUCAGAAAGGCAAGUUCAUUUCUGUCAUGCGGGAACUGUCCGGAACGGGCAAGCAGCUCUUUCUCGUAUUUCUUUCUCAGAGCACGAAGGUCCUUUUCAUAGAUCCUUUUGAUCCUGUCUUCAGUCUCCAUUUCCGUCGAACGGCAUACCUCGGUGGUAGCUCGUUCAUACUGGGCAAUGAGCAAUCUGCGCUCGCCUUCGACCCACGCUUGGUAGCGAGGGUCCACCCUGAUAUCGGCAAUGCGAAGGUGAGAUUUGUUUUCACUGUAUAA